AUGGCUGACGCGCCCAACUCUGGCGAUGAGCUGUACCCUAUCGCCGUCCUUAUUGACGAGCUGAAGCACGAUGAUGUUUUGCUCCGUCUCAACGCCAUCCACCGUCUCUCGACUAUUGCUCUCGCUCUCGGCGCUGAACGAACCCGCGAGGAGCUUAUCCCCUUCCUCGAUGAAUCCGUGGAGGAUGAAGAUGAGGUCCUUGUUGCCCUGAGCGAGGAGCUUGGCGGCUUUGUCGAGUAUGUCGGCGGUUCCCAGUGGGGUCACGUUCUGCUGUCUCCCCUCGAGAACCUUGCUUCUAUCGAGGAGCCCGUCGUUCGCGACAAGGCCGUCGAGUCUCUGAACAAGAUUUGCACCGAGCUUUCUUCUCAACAAGUCGAGGAAUAUUUCAUUCCCCUCACAAUUCGCCUCGCCAAGGCCGAUUGGUUCACAUCAAAGGUCUCGGGCUGUGGCCUCUUCACAAGUCCGUACAACAAAGUCUCCCCGCCCGUCCAAGAGCAGCUGCGCCAGCAGUUCGGCCUGCUGGUUCACGAUGAGACACCCAUGGUCCGUCGCCAGGCUGCCACCAAUCUCGCCAAGUUUGUCAAGGAGAUGCCCGCCACCAUCGUUGUCGACGAAAUGAUACCCCUCUUCCAACACCUCGCGCAAGAUGAUCAGGAUAGCGUCCGAUUACUCACAGUCGAGGUUCUCAUCUCUAUUGCUGAAGCCGUUCCCAAGGAGCAACAGGCCAGCCAUGGUGUGUUGCUGACAGCUCUACGCAAUUUGAUAGAGGACAAGAGUUGGAGAGUCCGAUACAUGAUCGCGGAUCGGUUCGAGAAGAUUGCUAAGGCGGUAGACGAGGAGGUUGUUUCUAGAGACCUCGUUCCCGCAUUCGUAAAACUUCUCAAGGACAACGAAGCCGAGGUACGAACCGCUAUUGCUGGCCAGAUUCCCGGCUUCUGUGCUCUUGUGGAUCGUAACGUGCUCCUCAACGACAUCAUGGGCAGUAUUGAGGAUCUUGUCUCGGAUACAUCCCAACACGUCCGUGCUGCGCUUGGUACCCAGAUCAGUGGCUUGGCCCCUAUCCUUGGAAAGCAAGAAACUAUCGAUCACCUUCUCCCUAUGUUCCUCCAGAUGCUUAAGGACGAGUUCCCGGAGGUUAGGCUCCACAUCAUCUCCAAGCUUGAGCUCGUGAACCAAGUCAUCGGUAUCGACCUCCUCUCACAGUCACUUCUUCCCGCAAUUGUACAACUCGCCGAGGAUAAGCAAUGGCGAGUAAGACUUGCGAUUAUCGAGUACAUCCCUCUCCUCGCCAGUCAAUUGGGCGUUCAAUUCUUCGAUGAGAAGCUCAGCAAUUUGUGCAUGGGUUGGCUGGGAGAUACCGUUUUCUCAAUUCGUGAAGCCGCUACUCACAACCUGAAGAAGCUCACUGAGGUCUUUGGUGUUGAGUGGGCCAGCGAGGCUAUCAUCCCCAAGGUUAUGGCUAUGGGUAACCACCCUAACUACCUUUACAGGAUGACCACCUGCUUCGCUAUUUCGACAUUGGCGAGCGUUGUGAGCAUGGAUGUGAUUGCUAAGUCGAUCCUCCCUAUGCUCGACAAGCUGGUCACUGACGAUAUCCCCAACAUCCGUUUCAACGUGGCCAAGACAUACCGCGUUCUCAUCAAUGUGCUUCGACGUCUGCCAGACGAGGGUACCCUGUAUGAUCUGGAGAAGCAGGGCAGUGAGAUCACACCGUCGCCUCGGGGCUCGGAGCUGAUCCAACAACGAGUUGUUCCUAACCUGGAGAAGUUGCAAAAGGACGACGACGUGGAUGUGCGAUAUUUUGCGACGACAGCAGCUGCCGAGAUCUUGGGACCCAUUACUGGCGGGGAGCCUAUGAAUACAUCGCCAUAG